AUGAACGUUAAUUCCAUUCAGCCAACAGCGACCGGCGCCGUGACAUCCAGUGCCUCGGCGCCCAUGCACUGCCAUCCGCCUUGCAGUGCCUCAGUGCUGGGUCAAAAGGUCGAUGACUCAUGCAUGUACUCACCAACCACCCGACUUACCGACUCACCGACUAACCGGCCCACCGACUCACCAACCCACCGACUCACCAACCCACCGACCGACUCACCAACCCACCGACCGACUCACCAACCCACCGACUCACCAACCCACCGACCGACUCACCAACCCAACGACUCUACCAACCCACCGACUCACCAACCCGCCGACUCACCAACCCACCGACUCACCAACCCACCGACUCACCAACCCACCGACUCACCAACCCACCGACUCACCAACCCGCCG